AAGAAAAAUAAAAUGUUCGACUGAUCUCUGAAUUUGUGAGCUUCAGUUUAAGCUAUGAAUUUAGCAUGACGCUUAAUUACAAAUAGAGGGUUAAAAUCUGUCAUCUUUCUAUUCAUAUGUUUACACCGUUUCAUCAGCAGCACAAAUAUACUGUUACCAGGCCGUGGGUUGCCAAAUACAUUUUACUUACAUUGAAUGAGCUGUUUAUUGGUUAGCUGAUGGUGUUUAACCAAUAUUCCACAUUCUAGCUAUGCUGUUAAAUGUCCUACAGGGAAAAGAGGCUGGAGGACUCAUAAUCAUUCAAGAUACUGUCAAAUACAGUGGCCGGGGAAUCCUAAAGUGUUUUAUUAAUGCAGCCUUAAAGAGGGACGAGGACGUGCAUGUGUUGGGGUUCGAGACCUCUGAAGAAGAACUCCAUGCUGGCUUGGACAGCAGCUGUGUUCAAAAGCUUCAUUUUCACAAGGGUUUCCCAGAUCCCCUUGGCUGGACCGGCAAGUCCUUAUUCACCGUUGAGACGUUCACCACUCAAGAGAUUAUUCGGGUUGUCAAAGAGACACAGGAUCCCAGAUCUUCAGUGCUUAUUAUUGACUCUCUCUCAUUGGUUUUAAGGCAUCAUGACCCUGUUGUCAUCUGCAAAAGACUUCAUGAGCUCAAGAAAGGAGGAGUCAUAAAAACUAUUAUUGGUCUCCUGCAUUCAGAUUUGCAUUCGCAAGGCAUUGUAAGCAUUUUGUGCCACCUAGCCAGUACCGUUAUCUCUGUGGCAUCUGUAAACAAUGAACGCCAUGCUGUGGCUAAGACCACUCGAUCCACAAAGUCAGGCAAAGUUUUGCAAGAGGAAGAGUACUUCAAUGUGUCAGAGGAUGCAACCCUCUCUGUACAGGCCAGACCACAUCAGCCUGGGCAUGCACAGAAGGAACUAGAUGUAGCCGAGGCCGACCCAACAUCGAACUUGACCUUUAAUCUUCGUCUGUCUGAGGAGGAAAAAAAAGCCAAGGAGAAAGUGGCACUGCCAUUUGUAUUUAGUCAAGAAAAAAAAUCAGCUCUUCUGAGGCCAAGUCCUGGCUCAGGAAGGAUUAUGUACGAGCCUGAUGCCAAUGAUGACUUUGAUGAGGAGGAUCCAGAUGAUGAUCUUGAUGUGUAAAUGAAGAUGACCCAAAUUAUGUUUGAAUGUUUCAUGGAAACAGUAAUUUCAACAAAUCAUCAUUUAUGAUACAUAAAUUGUAUUAUUAAACGGUUUCAAAUGGU